UCUCUGAGGUUGUCAUGAGGAUGUGAGGAGAGCCACACAGAUACUGCACAGACUACUUACACACUGUUUGGCUAACUUUGAGCUGCUGCUCUACUUUCGUGUGGCAGAAAAAUGAGAUUUCAACAAUUCUUUUUUGUCUUUUUUAUUUUUUUAAUGAGUCUUCUCCUUAUCAACGGACAGAGACCAGCUAAUUUGGCUAUGAGAAGGAAACUACACAGACACAACUGCCUGCAGAGAAGAUGUAUGCCUCUUCAUUCUCAAGUCCCCUUCCCCUGA